UCAUCUGGUCUUUGUAAUGUCAGAAAUAAAAGGCGCAAGCAUUGCGAAUUUGGGAGGGUUUAUUUGGGCAAAUACAGCCAGUCACUGUUUCCUGGCAGUUUCGUCCCGAGAACAAGCAUCAGAUCAGAUUGCAUCAUUCACUGAAAUUCCAUUGACCAAAUCGGAUGAUCCUUAUUAUUGGGCAGGCACCCAACCCAACUUGUGGCAGUUCCAAGUUCCUCGGCGACAGGGCCGUCUCCGAGUCGCUCGUCAUCGUCCAGUACGUCGACGAGGCCUUCGACGGCCCGCCGCUGCUGCCGGCGGACCCCUACGGGAGGGCGGUGGCUCGCUUCUGGGCUCAGUUCCUGGAGGAAAAGUGCCUCGGGCCGCUUCGGGUGGCACUGUUCGCGGACGGCGAGGCGCAGAAGGCGGCCAUGAAGGAGGCGAGGGAGAGCCUGGCGCUAGUGGAGCAGCAGCUCAGGGAGAAGAGGUUCCUGGGAGGAGACGACGACAUCGGCCUCGCCGACAUAGCCGCCGGCGGCCUGCUGGCGCACUGGCUCGGUGUGCUCGAGGAGGUCGCCGGGGUGCGCGUCCUGAGCGACGAGGAGCACCCGGCUCUGCGCCGGUGGGCGGCGGAGUACAGCUCCAGGGAAGCUGUGAAGGAGUGCCUGCCCGACAGGGGCCGCCUUCUCUCCUACUUCGCCGGGAUCAGGGAGAAGUGCGUCUCGCUGGCCAACUCGAUGCUGCCCAAAUGAACAUUGAGCUCUGCUCAGCAUCAUCUAGUAAUGAAAAUGCAUUAGCAUGUUUGUGUUUGGUCGGCCGUCACCGUACUGUCCUCAUCGCACUCGCCACCUACUGCACGUCAUUAGGACCCGCCAGAACUUCGAUCGUCUAGUGCCUUUUUUAUGGUUCAUCUAAUGGCUUUUUUUAAUCACAAACUUAUUAAUCAGCAACGGCGUUUGUGGUUCGCA